AAGAGAAGACGCCAAACAUCAAAACGCCAUGACGAAUAUGACGCUACAGCAAGUGCUCGAACUGCGAAAGGCGCAGGAAGAUUUGAAUACCAGCAAGUCCUUAUAUUUGGAGUUUUAUCGCAAAAUGGCUAAACAUGCAUACAGAACCGAUCUCGAGAAUUUGAUAAGCGGUGAUUUUAAUGUAGUAUUCGAUGAGCUGCACGUACUCAAUUUACCUCCGCAAUACACUACACAAGAUGAAUACACAUCAAUGCUACAGAUGGCGGAACUCUAUGAGAUGAACAAGUCCUGGCUCUAGGCGUGCUUCGAUUUGUUUAAGUUAUUAUUUAACCAAUAGUUAUGUAAAAUUAAAUGAAUAUGCUUCAAGCAGUCAAAAGAAGGCGAAAGACUCUGAAAUUAAUCAACAUCAUCAUGGUAAAAUUGUGCAGAAGCAGAUGCAAUUAGAAGGAGAACUUACAUUGAACAGCGGGAUUAUAGGACGCUCUUUGAACAUGCUUCCCUUAGUGCGUAGUAUAAGCAUAUACCUUACAUCCAACUGGAACAAUAAAUAAUUUAAUAGAUUGCAAAUAAAAAUAUAUAUAUAAGCCUA